AUGCUUCACCACCACUCCGGCGGCGGCGCCCACCAGGACGUCGACGCUGCCACCGGAGCCAUGGCGGCCUCCACCUUCUCGCUCUUCUUCCCUCCGCCUUCAACCAAAGGGCAGUGGCUGCCGGCGGAGGAAGCCGCCUACUCCUACGACGAACACAGCACCGUCACCACCACCUCGCCUUCCUCCCCGGGAUCCUCCUCCUCCGCCGGCUCCGUCGACUGCACCCUCUCCCUCGGCACGCCCUCCUCCCGCGGCCUCGGGGCGCCCGCGCCCGCCGUCUCAUGGGACGCCGUUGCGGAGUCCUGCUACUACCAGCAGCAGCAGGGCAGGCCCGUGCACGCCGGCGUCGGCCGGUGCGCCGCCGGGCACGACCAGCUCCUCGACCGCCGUUGCGCCAACUGCGGCACCUCGUCCACGCCUCUCUGGAGGAACGGACCUCGCGGACCCAAGUCGCUCUGCAACGCCUGCGGUAUCAGGUUCAAGAAGGAGGAGCGCCGCGCGGCCGAGACCGGCGCCGGCGCCGGGUGCGGCUUCUACGGCGCGCAGCGGGCGCAUGGGUCUGCUGCAUCGGCGGCGCCCCGAGCCGCGGAGGAGCCGCAGCCGUGCGGCGACCCGAACGCGCCGUUCCUGGCGUGGCGGCUGAGCGCCGUCCCGCCGGCGCCGGCCUUCUCGGUGUGGCCGGAGCGGGCUACCAUGUACCAGUACAACUAG